GGACCGCAGCGCUGCAGUGCUGUCAGGGUGGAUGCAGAAGAAAGGAGGAGGAAAGCCUGUGACCCGGGAGGAGGAUAGGGCAAUGCUAAAUCAAGGGUACAGUUAGAGGCACACGGACACCCAAGGAAGGGGAUUAACCAGGAGGUGUGUGAGAGACACACAAAGAUAAGAGACAGACGGACUCAGGAGGGACCCAGUUCAUCAUUCUCCUCCCCAGGUAUCACACAGCAGGUCGCCCCAAUGAACAUGUCAGUGUUGACUUUGCAAGAAUAUGAAUUCGAGAAGCAAUUUAACGAAAAUGAAGCGAUACAGUGGAUGCAGGAGAACUGGAAGAAAUCCUUUCUAUUUUCAGCACUGUAUGCUGCCUUUAUAUUUGGUGGUCGACACCUAAUGAAACAGCGAGAAAAGUUUGAGCUAAGGAAGCCUCUUGUCUUAUGGUCCUUCAGCCUCGCCGUAUUCAGUAUAUUCGGUGCUGUGCGGACUGGUGCUUACAUGCUGUACAUCUUGAUGACCAAAGGACUAAAGCAGUCAGUGUGUGACCAGAGUUUCUAUUAUGGACCUGUCAGCAAAUUCUGGGCAUACGCAUUUGUACUCAGUAAAGCACCAGAGUUGGGAGAUACAAUUUUCAUUAUCCUUCGAAAACAGAAGCUCAUCUUUCUUCACUGGUAUCAUCAUAUAACAGUAUUGCUCUAUUCAUGGUACUCAUAUAAAGACAUGGUGGCUGGCGGAGGUUGGUUUAUGACCAUGAACUACGGAGUGCACGCUGUGAUGUAUUCUUACUAUGCCUUGCGUGCCGCUGGCUUUAGGGUGUCACGAAAGUUUGCCAUGUUGAUCACGCUAUCCCAGAUCACUCAAAUGCUUAUUGGCUGCGUGGUGAAUUACCUGGUCUUCUCGUGGAUGCAGCAGGGACAAUGUCCAUCCCACGUACAAAACAUUGUGUGGUCCUCUAUCAUGUACAUCAGCUACUUUGUGCUCUUCUGUCAUUUCUUCUUCGAAGCCUAUCUCACCAAAACCAGGAAAGCUGCCAAGGCUGACUAAUGGUGGAACCUAAUGCCAAGUCAUAGCUCAGGGUCAUCAAAUAUAAAAAGAAAAUCACAAACAAAACAAUUGGGAGUAAGCAAAUAUUUUAAAGGCACAAAGAAAACCAUAUCUCAAGCACUUAGGUCCUAGAGACAAAAAAAACUGAAGUUGUAAUAAUAUAUUUAAUUAUUGUCUUAAAACGUGAUGCUGAUCAGUGCAUUCAGCACUACAGAUAUGUUCAGCAAACAGACGUGGAUAAAAACUGGUCUGUACCAUUCAGCCCAAAUUAACGUAUACAAUCGGAGAAUGACUAUUGCCGUGUUUUCCAAUACAAACUCUUGUUUUGGGCAGUAGAUAAAAUCGAACAUACAGUAAAGUUUUGUUUAUUACAAAGGAUACAAGAGGGUGAACAAGAUGUUGUGUAAAGUAGAAAACAUAAUGAUUCCUUGUGUUAAGGUUUAAAUAUAUCCAUUGUGAUGAGUCGGAGGAUUAAAAGAUAACAAUCUAUGUAAAAAAAUGAAAUCUGACACUUAUUAGGCUGCUUGCCCCAAUCUUGUCUAUCAUGUGCAGGUGUGGUUCCUAUUUAUAUGCAAAAUUAAGCCACUUGCCCAAGACCGUUGCUACAGUAUUAAUACUAGACUUGUUCUACAUAUCUGCUAGAUCUUGUGUCUAGUGUGACUGACAUCGGACUUGUACAGCUGCUUCGAUUUAACAGCUGACAUGGACAAUACACGUUUUGAAGCCUCAUUAGUCUCUGCGGAACGAAUUAUGGACAAAAACAAAAUGCCUGCUAGAAGGGGUGGAGAGAACAUAUGCUUAAAAAGGCUAUUGGAAUGUUGCACUCCAAGUGCCAUGAUAAAAGCCUAGUUUAUAAACAUACAAUACCUAGAAGUUCCAUUUUCUAUUUUUGUGAACUGUUUCCUUAUCAGAUUACUACUGCAGGGCUGUGUGCGUGAUUUCGGUAACACUGUGCAUUUUGUAUUUGCUUAUGGAGCAGUACAGAGAUAAUUAAAGGGCCCUCUUCUGGUACACAUAGAAACUUCAAGUACAACACACCAGAUCUUUGCUACAAUUGAAAUGUUAUUUAUUUUUAUUUUUUUAUCAUUUUAAUUAAAACACCAGAAGGGAAUAAAAAUUCCUGCAACAGUCUCAAGCCGUGAUCCAAGGUAUUUGUUUAACCUUCAUUCUCCUGUAUUUUUCUAUGUCCGUCUGCAUUGAAAUGCAGGUAACAAUGCAAAUGGUACAGUCUAACCAGGUUGGAGAGCUCAUAUUGUUGCAAGCCAUAUUCUUCAGAAGAUCAUAAAGUGUUUUGUCUGUUCUGACCAAGUCCAGAGAAGCCAAAUAUGUGUACAAUUUCCUAGUAUUUUAAGGAAGCACUUAAUGUAACUUGAUGUUAAAUGUUUUAAUGUAGUCUUCUUAAUUGUAUUAGUUAGAUAGUUUAAUAUAUUAGCAAAUUAGAAACGAAAGGGUUAGAGGCUGCUAACAUGCAUCAGAGUACAGUACGACAUACUGUAAUUGCAAUCCUGUAGGAAACAUGCAGUCAUUGUACAACCCUGUGGUAUAUAGCACAUUUCCUAGCUACUUCAAAUAUGUCUUUCAUUUCUGGAAGAAGUACAAAACAAGGGAUUUUAAAACAAAAACAAAACAAAACAUUUUUUAGCUUUAAUGGUGCUGCCAUCCAUGCUGCUUGGUUUUUUGUUUUUUAUUAGUUUCUUGGUAGAAAUGGCAGAGGCUACGUAAGGGUCUCAUUUAUAAGAAAUAAAUUAAAAAAUCAUGUAAUGUUAUAAUGCAUUUUGUCUGAAUGGUUAUUCU